AUGGCACACUCGUCCCAAUAUCUGUAUUACGAUCUGACCAAGCUCGCAGCGGCGAUUUCCCUCCCAAGAGACAUGUCCUCCCUCUCGUACAACAACCCUCCCGGCGCCGGUGAAAAGCACAGCGAAAUAGGACAUUAUUCCCAAUCAGUUGAUCUCGACAACGGCAUCGUAAAGUGCUCGGGCCAAGGUGGCUGGGAUCCCGAAUCAGGUGACCUGGAUGCAAACGAUCCUAUUAAGCAGGUCGAACUGGCCAUGAAAAACGUCGAUGUUGUCUUGCAGGCGGCAGGCCUACGAGGAUGGGAGGACGUGUAUUUGCUGCGCUCGUACCACUGUGACAUCCGCAGUACGUGGCAGCCCACGGUGGAGGCUUUGAAGAAGCGCAUUCCGGGUCAUCGACCUGUGUGGACGGCUGUUGCUGUGCCUCAUUUGGCGUUUCCCGCUAUGCAGAUAGAGUUGGAGGUUGAGGCGAAACGCCAAUAG